CGCCCAGAAGAGGAACUCGGACCCGCUGAGGGCGCCCCCGCCAAGGAGCAAGACCCAGGUGAAGCCCUUCACCAAGGAGUCGUUGGAGAGGCUCGAGAAGAAGACGGUGCAACUUGUGCGGGAGUACGGCUUCCAGCCCAGGAGGAAGUUGAGUGUGGAGGACGGUUCCAGGUUGCCAGCGAAAUUCGAACCGUUCCCUUCUAGGUUGUAUGGCAGGCCGCUGGAGGAGAUAGACAACUUUAUCUACGAUGAGACGUUCUGCGUAGUGUCGAAGAGGUUUCGGAAAAACUACAUCCAUCGAUUCACCGCCACGAAUUCGUUCUUCUACUUUAGCCCAUUCAGUCGCAUCCGGAAAGCAUGUAUAUAUUUAUGCACAAACCAGUACUUCGAUUAUUUGGUUAUGGCCACCAUAUUGCUCAACUGCGUCUUCCUCGCCAUGGCCGAAACAAUUGAAGAAGCCGAGUAUAUUUUUUUAGCAAUUUAUACCCUCGAAAUGAUAAUAAAAACCAUCGCAAAAGGUUUUAUAUUAAACAAGUACACGUACCUGCGAAAUCCGUGGAACUGGUUGGAUUUCGUGGUGAUCACCAGCGGCUAUGCCACCAUAGGCAUGGAGGUGGGAAAUCUGGCUGGCUUGAGGACGUUUCGGGUGCUGAGGGCCUUAAAGACCAUUUCCAUAUUACCAGGUUUGAAGACCAUCAUCAACGCGCUGCUGCACUCAUUCAAGCAACUGGCCGAGGUCAUGACGCUGACCAUCUUCUGCCUGAUGGUGUUCGCCUUAUUCGCUCUUCAGGUCUACAAAGGGGAGCUCCGCAAUAAAUGCGUCCUAAAGAUGGACGACCACAACGCAUCGUACGAAACGUGGUUCAAUUGGACGCAGGACCCCAGCAACUGGCUGAGGCGGAACGCGACGGGAGAUGCGUUCCUCUGCGGCAACGUCACCGGGUCCAGACACUGCCCCCUCACCCACACGUGCCUCUGCACCGGAGGCAACCCCAACCACGGAUACACCAGCUUCGAUAAUUUCCUCUGGUCGAUGCUGACCACGUUCCAGCUCAUUACGCUCGACUACUGGGAGAACGUCUACAAUAUGGUACUGUCAGCUUGCGGACCCAUAAGUGUCUCUUUUUUUACUGUAGUAGUGUUUUUUGGUUCGUUUUACCUUAUCAACCUAAUGUUGGCUGUGGUAGCACUUAGUUACGAAGAAGAAGCAGAGAUCACACAAGAGGAGAGAAAAAAAGAACUCGUGGACCACCGUGAGGACUCCACAUUCAGUUUCGACCCCACCAACUUGAACGUGAAGAAGCUGUCGAAGCAGAAGAUCAAGAAAAUCGACGCGAGGAAGGGGGUCCUUCUGUCGUCCUACACGCGGAAGAAGACGAGGCGCAGAAAACGGAACAGAAGCUCAACGAACCAGACCAAAUCAGAGAACAAUGGCAAUAAGCAAGAGACCAAAGACUCAAGCUCCAAUAAGUCGUCUCCGAAAAGAAGUAGUCGAAGAUCAGUGACACCAAGUCGCAGCCCUAGCCCCAGACAUAGCCAACACAGCCAGCAUAGCCAGCAGAGUCAGCACAGUCAGCAGAGUCAGCACAGUCAGCAGAGCCAAAACAGUCAGGGGUCCCCCAGACCUCAGGCAUUGCCGCUACCUCUACCGCCUCCGAAGCACAUCCAGCUCUCGGAUCCGAGAAGGCCGGACACCCUUUACCCCCACAACACCCUGGGUCCAAACCGACUGGGUCUGCAAAGCAGGCAGGCCAGUAGCAACAGCGGCGAAGGGAACAACAGGGAAUCCUCCCUGGAUGAUUCCGGGGUGGUGGACGAUCAUGAACCAGAGGGCGAUGCCACGUCUGAAGAAGUAACAUCCCAUGUUCCCCCUACGCUAAGGCGGAUAGAAGUGACACCUGUCACAGUGGCGGUUAGUCCCAAGGAAAUCAAGGUUAUCAAGUGCAACGGCGUGGGCACCUGCAAAAAGAAAAAGCAGCUGUACACUCUACAACCGGAUUACCUCUCCCACAUCGUGGUUAUAAACAACCAGAUACCGGAUCGAAAUUGUUCGUGCUGCGAGCAAUGUUGCAUGGACUACGAGGGCUGGCUGCAGUUCCAGCAGGGACUAUACCAAAUAGUGCGAGACCCCCUUUUCGAGCUCGCCAUCACAGUAUGUAUCGUUCUCAACACGAUGUUCCUGGCGAUGGAGCAUCACGGAAUGAGCGAAUCCGUGCUCAGGGCAUUAGACGUAGGCAAUAAAGUUUUUACUUCCAUUUUUACAUUUGAGUGUUGUUUGAAAAUCAUGGCGCUUAGCAAAGACUUUUUUUAUUGCGGCUGGAACAUAUUCGAUUUAAUUAUAGUUUCUGCCAGUUUGCUCGACCUCAUUUUUGAGUUGGUGGAUGGGCUGUCGGUGCUGCGAGGACUCCGUCUUCUGCGAGUUCUGAAGUUAGCUCAGUCGUGGAUCACAAUGAAAGUUUUACUCAGCAUCAUCAUAAGUACAAUAGGCGCGCUGGGGAACCUUACCUUCGUAUUAGUUAUAGUUAUUUAUAUAUUCGCCGUCAUCGGAAUGCAGCUUUUCUCCAAGGACUACACCGAGGACAAAUUUUUUCCUGACCCCGUUCCAAGGUGGAACUUUACGGAUUUUUUUCAUUCCUUUAUGAUGAUUUUUCGAAUCUUGUGUGGAGAAUGGAUAGAGCCAUUAUGGGACUGUAUGAGAGCCGAACGUACAGAGGGUCCCGGCACAUGUUUGGCAGUGUUUCUUCCAACCCUAGUGAUGGGUAACUUCAUGGUGCUGAACUUGUUCUUGGCCUUAUUGCUCAACAGCUUCAAUUCCGAAGAACUGAAGACGAGGAAGGAGGAGGUUGGCGACGUGUCGAAGUUGGCGCAGAGUUUCCAACGUAUCCGAGACCUGGUGAGGAAGCGUCGGAUGGCCGAACAAAGGCAGAACGAGAACAAUUCGCGCCUGGAGCAGAUAGUGAGGGAAGUUAUGCAGCGACACGCCGAAGAAGAGGCGCUAAAAGCAGGAGAAUUAUCAACGAAAUCAAUGGUGGGCUUUCCAAGGGACAAGCGUAGUUACCAGGAGGCUAUGAACAGGCCACUUUCUAUUAUAAGUUACGAACCUCCAGAGUACCAGGAGAAAAUUCCAGAAAGGAGUUCGAAAAACUACACAAUAUUAUACAAUGGUUCGCAGGAUAGCGACACCAGUGAAAAAAAGAAGUGCGGUUCCAAAUUACUGCAUAACAUGUCUUCAGGAGUAGAAACCACUACUAGUAGUAGAGACGAAAAUACUGAUACCGUGGACCCAAAAAGCAAUAAACGAUGUACUUCCACGGACUCGGAUCCUAAGGAAGAAACCGUUCAAGAAAGGAAAAACUGUGAUAAAACCAAUGAACCAGGAGAAGGAGAGAAGCCCUGGCAGACGUUGGUUUCUUACGUAGAUGAAUUGACGGUGGGUGGUAGGAGGAACUCCAAGGGACAUUUCAUAGAUGGGAUGGGCAGCUUUCCAGGGUUCGGCAAGAAGAAACCUCCCAGGGUUGCCCCCGACUGCUUCCCAGCAAAUUUUUAUCAACGGUGUGCCUGUUUGAAUAAAUGUACAAAAACCAAAGUAGGUAAAAAAUGGUUGCAGUUAAGAAAAGUAGUAUUAGAAGUUGUUGACACGUCAGCCUUCGAGUGGUUCAUAUUAGUGUUAAUUUUCGCUUCAAGUGUCACGCUCUGCUUCGAAGAUAUCCAUCUGGACGAGAAUCCAGAACUGAAGAAAGUUCUGUACUGGACGAACUUGGCGUUCUCUGUCAUAUUUAUAGUGGAAAUGUUUCUCAAGUGGCUCGCUUUGGGUUUCCACAAAUAUUUUACCAGUUUUUGGACGCUACUGGACUUUUUAAUUGUUUUUGUAUCCCUGUUCAGUUUGUUGAUAGAAGAAAACGAAAAUUUAAGAGUUCUCCGCUCUUUGCGGACCCUAAGGGCCCUCCGCCCUCUCAGAGCGAUAAGCAGGUGGCAAGGCAUGAGAAUCGUAGUCAACGCCCUGAUGUACGCCAUACCCAGCAUCUUCAACGUGCUGCUGGUGUGUCUAGUGUUCUGGUUGAUUUUUUCCAUCAUGGGCGUGCAGUUUUUUAGCGGGAAGUUCUAUAAAUGCAUAGACGAAGAAGGAGAGCGUUUGGAGACGAGUGUAAGCUUGUUUUUCCAUCUUCUUGCUUCCAUCGUUAUUCCUCUGUAUUUCUUCCAGGACGUGCAAGAUAAGUGGGACUGUAUAAGGAUGAACUACACCUGGAUCAAUUCGAAAAUAUCGUUUGAUCACGUAGGCAUAGCCUACCUAGCAUUGUUCCAAGUUGCUACUUUCGAGGGCUGGAUGGAAGUCAUGGCGGACGCGGUAGAUGCCAGAGGAGUGGACUUGCAACCUCAAAGAGAAGCAAACCUUUACGCUUACAUUUAUUUCGUAAUUUUCAUAGUGUGCGGUUCUUUUUUUACUCUGAAUUUGUUCAUUGGAGUUAUUAUAGACAAUUUCAAUAUGCUCAAGAAGAAGUACGAAGGUGGUGUAUUAGAAAUGUUCCUCACCGAAAGCCAAAAGCACUACUACACGGCGAUGAAGAAACUGGGGAGGAAAAAGCCUCAAAAAGUGAUAAAAAGGCCGAUGAAUGCGUUCCUAGCGAUGUUCUACGACUUGUCCAAUUCCCGUCGCUUUGAAAUAGCAAUCUUCGUGCUGAUCUUCCUCAACAUGUUAACGAUGGGUAUCGAGCACUACGGCCAACCCCACGCCGUAUUCUUCAUUUUAGAAGUGAGCAACGCAUUUUUUACAACGGUUUUUGGUCUAGAAGCAAUAGUGAAGAUAAUAGGACUUAGGUACCACUAUUUCACGGUACCGUGGAACGUGUUUGAUUUUUUAUUGGUCCUUGCCUCCAUUCUCGGCAUCCUCAUGGAGGACAUAAUGAUCGACUUUCCCGUAUCGCCGACGCUUUUGCGGGUCGUCAGGGUAUUCAGGAUAGGGCGCAUAUUGAGGCUUAUCAAGGCGGCGAAAGGCAUCAGAAAGCUCCUCUUCGCCCUGGUGGUGUCUCUACCCGCCUUGUUCAACAUCGGAGCCCUCCUGGCACUGAUCACCUUCAUCUACGCCAUCAUAGGGAUGUUCCUCUUCGGCCACGUGCGCCAGCAGGGGGCGCUCGACGAUAUGGUCAACUUCGAGACCUUCGGCAGGUCAAUGCACCUCCUCUUUCGCCUGAUCACCUCCGCGGGGUGGAACGACGUGCUGGAGUCGCUCAUGAUCGAGUACCCCGAUUGCGACCCGCACUACAAGAACCAGAGCAACGGUGACUGCGGAUACCCCUUGCUGGCGAUAAUCUACUUCACCAGCUUCAUCAUUAUCAACUACAUGAUUGUGAUCAACAUGUACAUCGCCAUCAUCCUCGAGAACUUCAACCAGGCCCACCAAGAAGAGGAGAUCGGCAUCGUGGAGGAUGACCUGGAGAUGUUUUACAUUAGGUGGAGCAAAUAUGACCCCCACGCAACGCAGUUCAUCCGCUUCUCUCAACUAUCAGACUUUAUAGCGUCACUAGAUCCUCCCCUGGGUAUAUCCAAGCCGAACACGGUGGCCUUAGUAAGUUUCAAUUUACCCAUAGCCAGGGGUAAUAAAAUCCAUUGCCUCGACAUUCUCCACUCCCUGGUGAAGCACGUCCUUGGGCAUGUCGAAGAGACGGAAAAUUUCAGACAGUUGCAAGAGCAGAUGAGCAUCAAGUUCAAGAAACAAUUUCCGACGAGGAAAGAGCUCGAGAUCGUUUCGUCUACAAGGAUAUGGAAGAGGCAGGAUAAGGCCGCUAGGCUUAUUCAGAGGACCUACAGGGAUUACGUUAGGCGUAAGAGAGAAAAAGAGCGCGAGGCCGAGGAAAUCGACGAAACGACCCAGACGUCCUCGCCAGGGGGAGGCUGGCAGGGGCGACUGUCGGCCUUCCUGCAUGUACAUCGAGGGAGUCGCGCCUCUUCUCGCAAGUCCUCUAGGGCGUCCGACGCGAGCGACCUCAGCGAACUAGGCGGCCCCUGGCUGAAUCUGCCGCUGUUGUUGCUCUCCAGCGCCACUAACAUGUCCCCAGAGGAGUUGGAUUUGACGCGCGACGCCGCCGAUGUCAGCAUCAAGGUCAGCGAGGCCACUCCUGAGUCCGGUACCACCCCGGUAGCCGCAACGCCCCUAACGCAGCCUCGCCGGCGAAGCAUCUACAACUUCCCCUUCUUCCUGCGUCACCAGGACGCGGUGGAAACCCCGGACGAAAGAACGUCGCCAGUUCCCGCCAGGAAAGAGCUGAAACCGAGCGGGACUUCCCAGAGCCUACACCCCGCCAUGGCCGAGGACCCCAAACCGAAGCGAGGCAGCAUCAUCCGCAGGAAACGGGUGGGGUCCGUCAAAGCCAGGCCCACCUCCGUGGCGACGGGCUCUGGCUGUCAAAGGACUCAAUCAGAGAAGUACAGCAGCUCCGACGUAAGUAUACUAGUGACCGAGGCGUCACCAGAAAGUGCCGUGGUGAGACCCCCGUUGCACAGACAGAACAGUGAGGCGACGGUGGUGCAGGUUCUAGUACACAGGGAGAGCGAGGAGUACAACACCGAGGAAGAAAGUCCUCCCGCGGUAACUCAGAGUGCGCCCAUCUCGAAUGAUAACGUUCCGACUGAUGUAGUUUUAGACCUAAGCAGUACCAACGCGACCAGCUGAUCUUAGCUGAACGAUUUUUAGUGUAAUUAGACUAUAAGGGAACAGAGCAUAUUGUAUUACUACUGUAGGUACAACGUUAUCCGUACGGUGACAAUCAUUGUAGGUAAAUGUGAUUUCCUCAAAGCAGCACACUCAAGGUGUUAUGGAAAUGUAGAUUUUCCUCCCUUAUUUGAUUUUUCUUGAAAUGAACAACAAUAAAUUAGACAAAUUUGUAUUUACAACACCAUUGUUCAAUAACAUCGAACGCACUAUUCACAGUAUAAUACAAAUCUACUUCUAGGGUUGCCAACUGUUUUGAAUUUCGGUGGACGUCCAGCAUUUGAAUUAAUUUUUCAUUAACUUUCAUUAACUGUCCUCUCUUUCAGUUAUAUUACGUUCGUUAGCAUAGUUCUACUUGGAACAUCGUUUCUUUAAAAAAUACAACUUUAUUCUUACAUACAACCGGUCUUCUCGCAUCUAUCCAACAUAACCUCUAAACUGAAUCUCUCAAGAACACCAAACAAACACUCACAAAACAUACACUGAUCCCCAGAUCUCCUCUUCUUCUUCUACGAUGAACUACGUAAAUUCGCGUGGAAUUUAAACUUUGAAACAGGUUACAUUAGUUAUAUUAUGUAUAUUUUUAUAUUUACAUUUUUAGUUGAUUUAACUUGAUUGAUUUUUAUUCUAUAUUUGUAUUGUUUACAAGGAAAAAAACGUCUUUUUCCUUUGAAAUAAGGAUAUAAAAGUUGGCAACCUUAUCUACUUCCUUAAAACUUGGCGCUGAUUGUUACAAUUUUUGGGUGGAUCGAGGUAUAAAUAUAAAUUGGUUGCGUAACUUCAUUAUAAAAAAUAAAAUAUUCAAUAAACCUGACAGUAAUAUUCGCUAUUCCAAAGUUUUUGGUUCUCUUAUUUUUGAUUUCCUCUCAUUAAAAUUUUUUAACUUUUAAAUUUUUUAGUAUAUAACAAUUCUAAAUCAAUCGGGACCAUAGUAGGCAAGCCCCCAGUCAUUACCAAGUCAUAUCUAAAAUGUUACGGGUCCAAGAUUGCAGCCGCUGAUAAUUUAUGUACAAAACAAACACCUUGAAUGUGACUUGUACUAAAAAGGGAUUGAUUUUUCAUCAGUGACAAGUGCCUAUAUGUUGAAAAUGGUCUAUAUAUGUCUAAUACCAAUCCUAUACUUGUAACAAAUUUACAAAAUAUCAGCUUUUCGCUUGCUAGGACUUAAUGCUCAGCUUAGAUUUUCAAAAAAACUUUGAAUACCUAGAAAGGAUAGUUUAAAUAUAAUAAUACAUGAAUAUGUAAAUUAGGUGCUUAAAAUUUCAUCCAUGAAGACAUUUUGAAAGACCACUCCUUUAAACAUAUCUGGGCAAAUUAUUAUUAUUUUGAUUUAAUUCAAUGUAACAUGAAUUGGAAAAUCAAGAAUUUAUAUUCAAAUUAAAUUUUAAACACUGCGUCUUAAAAAAAUGUUCCAAAGCGAAAACAAAUUUUAAAACAAAAUGAAUAAAUCGUUAUACAGUAUGCUCUUUUAGAAAACAUUUAAUUUUGUUAAUGUCGGACUGUAAUUUUCAGGUAAUAUUUUUGCUUCAUAUACCUAGCCGGAUAGUCCUAGUCUUGUAAGUAAAAAGUCUCGAUUCCAAACUUUAAUCCAAAAUGAGCUUAGGUUAUUAAAACUUUUUACUUACGAGAAUUUGUAAAUAGGAAGCGAAACUGUUGCCCAUGAAAAUGCUCGUCGUUUUCGUUUAAUUUGUACAAAGCUGUAGGUUAAAUUCUAAAAAGAAUAUGAGAAUGCUGUACGCAUUUGGUUGUAAAUAAAUAUUUAUAUUGAAGUUAUAAAGUUAUAUACAUCUAGUUAAAGUUGAGAUAUGAUUUUUUUAUUAUAUUGUUAAAAAUAUCAAUAGAUAUAAUAUACAGGU